GGGCAGCUCGGGAGGGACCGCGGCCACCGGCCGUCUGCUCACCCUGCCUGCUCAGGCACGGUCACUCUAGGGCACCUGGCGCAGCACUGUGUCCUGGCGGGUCUUGAGUGUCUCCGGGGAGGGAGGCCCCUCAAUCUCUUCGGGCAGUCCGAGUCUAAUUCAGUUUAUACUCGUUAUCCUCCUUAAGGAAAUCAGCUCGCCGAGGGUUAAAUGAAUGUUUCUGAGGUUGUGGUUCGCCACUCAGGGCCCCGAGGGUGACUGUCCAUUUCUUUAGAGGAACGCUGUGAGUUUGCCUUUUAUAUGGCGAAUAAAACCUCUCCCCACCCCCGGUAUCUUCGAUCUCAGAUUGUUUGUUAAAGGAGAAAGAAAACCUUGUUUUCCCGGAUAUUUCUUCGCAUGAACAGAGUCAUAGCUGUGACUAAUUAUACAGACUUAAAUGAAUACAAUGAACAACAACUAAAAAACCAAAAAGCCAAACCCAACCAGCUGGCCCCGAUGCGAUUGUAUACACUGUCCAAAAGGCAUUUUGUUCUGGUCUUUGUAGUAUUCUUUAUUUGUUUUGGUCUGACAGUCUUCAUAGGAAUAGCAGGUCCUAAUGUAAUUGAAACUUCUGUAGCAAGAACUGACUUAAAUAAUAGCCUAAAGCUGAAGCCAUUUAAUUUAAGUUCACCGCCACUGUCAACUUACAACCAGCAGCUGUGGCUGACCUGUGUGGUUGAGUUGGAUCAGCACGAUGUAUCCCUCAAGAAGAAUGUGACCAUGACAGUCAAAGUCCUGGGGGUGGUGAAGGAUGGAAGCACACCAUACGUUAACAAUCAAGUUCACAAUCGGACGAGGUUACUCAGUUGUGCACAAAAAUGCAGUGAAAUCAUUGUUGUUCACCUGGGCUAUCUGAACUACACUCAGUACAACAUAUUUGUUAGCUUUGAAGAUCUAAACAAGUUAACCUACACCAUCCAGAAUAUUACUUUCACUUGGAAGACGUAUAAUCCAACCUUUUCACAAGUGGAAAUAUGGUUCCGAUUUGUCUUUGUAGUUCUUACUUUUAUGGUCACGUGUCUGUUUGCACAUUCCCUGCGGAAAUUCUCCAUGAGAGACUGGGGUAUUGAGCAGAAAUGGAUGUCCAUCCUACUUCCUCUCUUGCUGCUUUACAAUGAUCCAUUUUUCCCCCUUUCUUUUCUGGUGAACAGCUGGUUUCCUGGAAUGCUGGAUGAUCUAUUCCAGUCACUGUUUCUGUGUGCACUGUUGUUGUUCUGGCUUUGUGUCUACCAUGGUAUAAGAGUACAGGGGGAAAGGAAGUGCUUAACUUUCUAUCUGCCCAAAUUCUUUAUUGUUGGACUGUUGUGGCUGGCCUCUGUUACACUGGGAAUAUGGCAAACUGUGAACGAAGUACAUGACCCUACAUAUCAAUACAGGGUUGACACAGGUAAUUUCCAGGGAAUGAAAAUCUUCUUCCUUGUGGUGGCAACCACGUACAUUCUCUACCUUUUGUUCCUGAUUGUGAGGGCAUGUUCAGAACUUCGAAACAUGCCUUAUGUUGAUCUCAGGUUAAAAUUCUUGACUGCAUUAACCUUUGUAGUGCUUGUCAUUAGCAUUGUUAUACUCUACCUGCGCUUUGGAGCACAAGUUCUACAGGACAACUUUGUUGCUGAGCUGUCAACUCAUUAUCAGAACUCAGCAGAAUUCUUAUCAUUUUAUGGGUUAUUGAACUUUUAUCUCUACACAUUAGCCUUCGUGUAUUCCCCCUCGAAGAAUGCACUGUAUGAAUCACAGUUGAAAGACAAUCCUGCUUUUUCUAUGCUGAAUGAUUCAGAUGAUGAUGUGAUUUAUGGGAGUGACUAUGAAGAAAUGCCUCUUCAGAAUGGCCAAGCUAUUAGAGCAAAGUAUAAAGAAGAGUCAGACAGUGAUUGAUUGACUGGUUUCAGUGCAGACAGACUUGUGCCUCUGGAGUUCAGCCAGUUCUGAAGUUUUCCUAGAUGGACAACUUCUUUGGGUUCCUACAGUCUGCUGUCAUCUGAACACCAACUCCCAGGAAGGACAUCCUGCUUCUGUUUCUGUUUACAAGGAUAAAACUCAGAAAACAAAUGAUGGAAGUGGUUGUAGUGAAAACUGAAGAAACCAAAAUUUUUACAUGUCUUAUAAAAUGCCUAAUAGCUGGAUGUCAGUGGACUAAAAUCUUCAUCUAUUUCAGUUUAAAAUACUCACAGAUUGUGUACUGAGUUUCAAAUUGCUUCCUUGCUGCUCAGUUUUAGAUUUUUCCUCUUUUUUUUUUUUUUUCUUUAGGAUGAGGUAUAACAUACUGCCAAAUCUGUUGCAUUUUACAUUAGCUGUUUUGUAUGGUGUCCACAGUGGUAUGAAGUGCCUCAUUUCCCUUUGAAUUUUCUACCUUAGCCUUUUAAGCUGGAGGCAGACAAUGAUGUGUUUUGGUUUGGUGUUUUUGUUUUGUUUUGUUUUGUUUUUUUGUUGGUUUUUUUUUUUUGUUUUAUCGGUGCAAGAAGACACAAGCUUUCUAUUCUUCCUUCAAAUAAGUGAUACAGACUUCAGGCCAUUUAAAAAAUACAUUUCAGUAAGUUUACUGGAUUCAUAAAUGCAAGAUAUGGGCAAAUAGGCAAGUUUUAAUGAGCCAGAAUAAUCUCAGUGGUGCAAAAUUAUUUGUAUAAUACGUGUUUCAUGACAUGCUUUACUGCCACAGCAGAAGUGUCUGUGUUGGUUUUUUUAAACAGCCCUUUCAAAUGGAAAUGUAUCAAUAACAACAAAUCUCAGAAGGAAGCCAGUACUGGCUUUUUACUGGUCUGGUAUGCUGGAGGAGAUUGUUACUUGCAGAGAAUAAAAUAUGAAAGUUUUCUAAGGAAUUACAGUUUCAAAUUUCCAAACAUUUCAUUUUUAGAGGUUUUUUUUCACUACAUGAGUUUUCCCUUAAGUUGUAUUAAUACAUAGUUACUCUACAUACUAGGAACAGUUGUGGUUGCUCAUGUAUUGAAUGUGCCUGAGUCAGCUUGUGAGCAUGUUCUGUGUACAGUUCAGCUUCUUUGUCAUAUCGGUCACCGUCUGUAUGAUGGGAACUUUUACUAGCACAUUUUGUGGUUAUCUGUAUUCCAGUCUGUGCUGGAACAAAGUUUUAUGGGAAUUAAGUAUUCCUUGUACAAUGCUGCUGUUUCUCUAGAAGUUGAUUUUCUCCUACACCAUUGUUUGGUUCUUUAUUUAAGAUGUUGGUUUGUAACUACUUUUGUUUUCAGAUACUUGACCUUUCCAAAAUUAUCUCCUUUUUUCAUGUACUUAUAACGGAGAUUUACUCUUGUAAAAUUUCUCUGCCCUGCUGCUUUAGAAGAUUCCCAAAAGCACUGUUAAUCUACUACGAUAUGGUGCUGGGUUGCAGCCAGGAAUUGUGCUCAUCAUUAAAGUAGUUUAAGCAGAAUAGUGCAAUGAAGUCCUGCUAGACUUGCUGAAUCAUAGUGGGAAAAAGGAGAUUUGUUGUGCUGUAAUGCAACAACGGCUCUAGACUGUGCCCAUUGCAAUGCCCUGCUGGUGGAUGUUCAAGAUCACAAAGGGGAGGCUGCACAAGGCAGCAACUCACUCAGAGAGGACCAAAGGAACUGAUUUGUGUGAUUGUGCCCUUGCUGUCAUGGAAUAGUUUGGAUUAAAUCAGUGCUCUGUUAAAGAUGUGUCGUGAGACAUUGUGUGUGUGUGUGAGAGAGAGGGAAAAUGUUCUAAAAUUAUGUAGCGCUGUGAAAUUUUUUGGAGAGUAUCUGAAAUUAAAACCUUUUUGUGCCAGGGAUCAUUUCAUUGUUAGAAGCCAAAGCACUGUUGUAUGGCUAAAGCAAGGAAAUUGCUGGGGAGGAAAAGCAGGUUUUCCCCUUUAACUUCUUAAUCAGUAUUACUUUAGAAGAACAUAUAGGAAAACACUAAAGAAAUAAUUCAAGUUAGUGGUAGUUUUCUUUCCAGAAAACUGUAGUAAAAUGUACCUUCAUCAGCACUUCUUUUUAGACUAUUUUGAAAGGGUAUGGGAGAUUCUCUGUAUCCUGAAAUUGUCGAGUCCAUUCUCAUUUUUACUAUUUCUGAGAUAACUCUCCCCAUUUGAACGUGCAGAAUCAGACUUGGCAACCAAUCUGACAUUGUUUACAUAAGCCAAAUACUUUCAAGUUCCAUUGGAGUAACAGUGGGAACAGGAAAUAGGUUUUCAAAAACUGAUAUUUACACAAUUCUUACAUACUCGAAUAUUUUUCCUAUGAUAUUGUCUAAUUCUCUCCUAAAUUGUUAUAAAAGGUAAAAUUUGACCAUUGUGCAAAGUACAUCAAUAUUUCUUGUCACAGUCUGAACUGGUUGUUACAGUUAACUCUCAAAUAGUGUCUUGGGAUUUCAUUAACUAAAAAACAUAUUUUUAAUAUAAUUUGGAGAUUAUUUUUUCUACGCUGUUUUCAACCCAUUUCUCUUGCUGGUUUGUUUGAAUAAACUUCACUAGAUCACUACAUUCGAAGUGGAAAUAGAAAAGCUAAGAAUGGGAAAUGUGUAUUUAAAGUAAGUAUCUCACUAUGAACAUAGUGAGAAUAAUUUCUGUGGUUAUUUUUAGAGAUUAUAUUUAAGCAUAUAUUUUGCAUGUUUACCAUGCAAAAUAGCCUUCUAUUUUGGAAGUGCUACAGUGUUAUGGUAGCUUGGUUGAAUCGCUGUUGCAUCAAAUUCAAUAUACAGUAAGAUGGCAAAAGCAAUGAAGCAGAUGAGGAACUAGUUUUGCUAGCAAUACUCCUCUUAUUUCCAUGAUUGGAGAGCAGAGACAGUAUUUGAAGAAUAUUCCAAUGUGGGCUGUAAACAGUUUGGGAGUAGGUGGCAUAAAUUAAUCUCUGAGUAAAGUAUUGAAAUCUAAGGGUCAAACAGAAGAAAUCUUUUUAAGAAAUUAGCCUGGCUUUCCUUUUAUUGCUGCUAAAGUAAUUAUUUCCAUAACCACUGCAACUGUACAAAACAAGAAAUGUACACAGGAAGGCCCCACAGCACACAGUGAUCCUGGCUCUAGAGGAAACAUCCAUCAAUAAUUGCAAGACUUCCACGUACACAGUGAUUACAAGGGACUUCUAAGAAAUCAAUAAUUGAGUGCAAGCCAGUCAUAGCAACUACUUUCUGUAGCAUUUGCUUUACAAAUACAGUUGGUGUAGAAAUUGGUGGAAACUUUCCUGGGACUGGCAAAGAGGCAGCUUAACCCCAGUGAGAAACAGCUUGUGCACUGGAUCUGUGGUACCAAUAUUGGGGAGAACAGUUCCAGCUAGGAAAGACUUCGAUCUGUAGUCUUUCUCUGAGCCAAAUAACAACAUUUCAUCCAUAGUCACCUAAUUUCCCCAACCAUUUCCUUUUGCUUAUGCCAGUAAUAACUUUUGCAUUACUGUAAAACUAUUUUUAGGAGUUUGUAAAUAUGUAAAAUGAAAAUAUGGAAAAAUUGUGUACCAAAAUGGUAUAAAAAUGUGUAAGAUAAAUGCAAAUGCUCUGUUUAAUGAGAAGCUGUAAUUAAAUGCUGCUUUGAGAAAGUGUGCAUGAGGACAUGUUCAAUAUUCUGUGUAUCUGUAAGUUGUGUUUAUAAUAGCAAACUAUCUGUUUAUGUUGUAAAACUUCAUGCUAAUAUGAAAUAUGAAGGAAAAUGGAGUAUUUUACUUCAAGGAAGUUUCUUGGAAGACCUUAUGUGCAAAAUCAUUGUUAAAUAUGUUCAUAAUAAAGUUUUAUAUAUUUA